AUGUCCGGCUGUGAAGGUGGCAAGAAGUCCCUGAAGCAGCCCGAGAGGUAGGCCGAGGAGAUGGACUAGAAAGAUAAAGCAUUCAGGCAGAAGCAAAAGAAGAAGAAACUCAAGGAGCUAAAAGCGAACACUGAGUGGAAGGACGCCCUGGCCACAUGUGGAAUUAAGACAUCAGGCAAAAAGUGA